AGGACAGGACCGCUGGGACUGGACACGGCACCGCGCCCCUCCCGGAACGCGCAGUUUACGCGAGCCCGGAGGAGCCUUCUGGGGGCGACAGCGACCAAUUACCGCUCGUGGCGGCCUGAUGACGGCUGGCUCUGGGGCUGGCUGCGGGGAGGGGAGAGGCCUGCUAUCCAAUAAGAAGCUGCCUGAAAGAGCGAUGGGGCGUUGCCAAGGUUCAAAUUCUAUAAUUUCCUCCAGUACAAAGAGCAUGGAAAAAGGUGUGGCUAAAAUAUUAGAUGAUAUUCUGCAUCAGGCAGCUCCCGAGGACCCAACAGUAGCAGCUUUUGAGAAAGCAGGUUAUUUCCAGGAAAAUGGCUUGAGCAAUUCUGAAUUUGCUUCAAGUUCAAAUGGGCAAGAUGAUGAUUUGAAGAAAUUAUUGGAUGACAUUCUGCACCAAGCGGCUCCCGAAGAUACAGCCAUCGCAGCUUUUGAGAAAGCAAGUACAGCAGCCGUGUCAGGUACCAGGAAAGACCCGGAUGAAAGAACCAAUGUGCCCUGGAAUUCUGAGGAACCAGACUAUUUUCUUGACAGUAUGGACAAUCUUCCAGAUGACGACCGAAUUUCAGAGGAAAAGAGGAAUAGAGACUCUUCCCUGAUUCACAAGGCUGUGACUGUGGCAGCACUGCGAAAAUCUGCCAGUCCAGAUCUGCCUUGUGGGCAGCUUCUGCACUUCCUACAGAAGAACAUCACCUCGGUCGCCUUUACGGUGGCGGCAAUCCUCGGAGUCAUGGUGCUGUUGGUGUUCCUGCUGACUUUUUAUGUGAAGAGGAGGCAGUCUUUGCAUCCUCCAGCGAACAUGACUUACAAUAUUUUUAUAUUGGAUGAAAAGAGUUGGUGGCAAAAGCCUCAGGAAAGUGUCAAAAAAUUUGCAGAAAAACACAAACACUUGAAGUACAAUUCCUGUGUGUAAACCAGUUCAAGGAGCUGCCCAAACCAGGAUCUGAGAUGGUGAUGUGAGGAUAUUCUCCAUCCAGACACCAUGGAGAGACUACUGAGUCUCUGGCUGUGAGGUGUAUUUACCUUCUCUUCCCAGUCUUGAAUGGAACAAGAAAGAACGUUUUACCAUCGAUGUCUAUAUUGGCAAGGCACUAAUGACCAGUGCAAGAGACUUAGGACAAGUAUUUAAAGACAAACCUGACCAAUGAUGAUGGGUUUAUUUAUUUAAUAAAGCAAUGGUUUAUUUAGUCAUGGAUGGCAGAUGCUACUUGAACAUCUGAUAUGUAUUGUAGAUAAUAUCAGAAGAAAAGGAGGGAGCCACAGGUGAGCCAGGCAUGGAUUGUGUCCCCCAAGGUCACAUGCAGUGCCAACAUCUAUUAUCUUUUUCAAACAGGACUGCAGGAAGCAUUAUAUGAAGAAAGUGGGAACUCACAAGGGGAGCAUAUUUCCUGCUUGAGUGGCCAGGAUGGUUACAACAGGAAAAGGAAAUGGGAUGGUUGAGAAUAUAAUGAAGGGGUUCAUUUAAAUGGAUGUGAAGGGAGUUUGAAACACCCCGGGGCAGACAAGAGUAGGAGCCGUUGCCAUCAGGGAUUGGAGCAGCAAGAAAAACCCAAAGAUGGCUGGCAGUGCAACUCAGCAGUGGAACGCUUGCCUAGCAAGCAUGAGGCCCUAGGCUCAAUCCCCAGAGCAGGGCAAAAAAAUAAGGAGAGUCAGAGAGAGCCUUAGACAGGCUAGACUCCUCUGUGGGACUAUGGGUGAAUUGCAAAACGCAUCAGGAAGGAAUCUGGGGAACAAAUGCCUCAAACUCAUGGUGGUCUUGACCUUCAAUGUCC